AUGAAGGAUGAGCGCCUACCGUCAGGGACGGGAUCUGUAGUUCCCGUGAACGCCAUGCCUCAUACAAGCUUUGCAGAGCUGAGGCAAGGAAGCGUCGACGUCUCUGCUUCGUCGUCAUUGGACUGCGGCCACGGCCGUAGCCCGACGGCGACGGGAUGCUCCUUCGCAUCGGGGGACGAUGAGAUACCCAUUUCUGGCGGCGUUUUGCCGUCCCCAUCCGCGCACAGCCUCCUUGCGACGCUCCGCGCAAGGUGUGCAUUGCUCACUAGUGGAUCCGACACAGAACCAGGAAAUGGGGCUAACGGCGACACGUCCAGUUGUCGGACCCUUGCUCGACUCUGGGGAAGUUUUGUAGAGGACACCAAGUCUCUUGAAAGCCAGGGUAUCGUUCUGAGGCAACUUGCAAACUUUCUCUUCCAGCAAGCGAAACUUGCUCACGAAGCUGGAGAUCGCAAACCUGUCGGAGGUGCUGCCACUCUGCAAGUUCCAGAGGCGCGUUCUUCCGCUCGCUCCUCUGUCUCUUCGCAGUCUGCUUCGCCUUCCGGCGCCACAGCCGGUCCGUCGCUCCUGUCUUCGUCAUCCACAGCUUCACCGAUGGCCGCUGGCUCUCCCUCUGGCUCUGAAGCGAAUGGCGUGACGGUUUCUUUCCGGAAUUCUGCUCGCGGCGACUCCAUAGCAGAAUUCUGCGGGCCGCUUGCGGAAGCUUGCACGGAUGUCCUUCUUCAACUCCGUAGUCGAGGAAACUUGAGUGCUAUUGGCGGCCUGCAGCAGAUCGAACGUUGCUUCGCAGCUCUUUUAAAACUUGAUGGCGGGUCCGUCGUGCCUGCGCGUUUGCAGUGUUGCGCAGACAGUCCCGAUGCAGCUGCGACACCGCAGCCAGCGGAACUCUCCAAGGGCUGCAGACCCACACAGGCACAAGACCGACAGGAGGAAGAAGAGACAGGCGAGACAGCGCCGUGUCUGCGGCCCUCACCCAAAAGUGCGCAAGCGACCGACGACAGACGGCGCGCGAGGGUCGGUGACGGUCACACGCGAGCCGAGAAAGAACCGAUAUCCUGGCGAAACGAAAGUGCUGUCGAAGUACUUUCCCGAUGUUUGCGGUUUUGGGCUCGGGAACGGCGCGCCUGUCUCUGCGAACUGGAGGCAGAUGAUGAUAUGGAGGGUCACGAUGUUGCUGACUCCCCAGACGUCGUGGAACGCCCGGCAAGUGACCUCGGCGCACAGCCAGUCUUGCAGCGGAUGUACGUUGCAGCGCUGCGAGUGAGCGCGACUCUCGAAUCGCCUACGCUGAUGGGACUCCACGGCGACUUAUGGAAGCACAGAGGAGAUUCGGGAACGGGCGCGGCACUUGGCGAAGCUGCGGUUGCAUUUGUGCUUCUCUUGCGAGGGCUCGAGCGCGCAACGACUGGGGAUCCGGCCCCACAUCGAGAAGCUUCUCAGACGCCGAGUGGUCAGCGGAGAACUCACUUCGUUGCCAUACUUCAGGCUCUGUCUGCUCUUUGCACCUCCUGCUGGCCGCACUUGGUAGACGACGCGGCACUCCAGAAGGCGCUGCACGAGGCGCUUCAACCAGCCUGCGAAACAGGCAGACACAGGAAGCGAAGGCCAGCUCCAGAACCAGGCCGUGCGUCAGGAAGCGAGUGGCGAACGUCAGCCGAUGCUACAGCGGGUCAACUCAGCGGUGGACAGGAUCUGAAGACCAACAGUGUGACAGAAGGCAGGCAUGCAUGCUGUGAUUCCUCGCCCACUUCCUGUAGGUACACUGAAAAUGAUGCGUCAGUCGUGGAGGUGCUGAGAACUGCAAUGGACCCAAGAUUUCUCGUGUGUUUCCUCCAACAGCAGAAAGAGUUGGAAGUUUUAACGGCAGUUGCAUCGAUUAAAGUUCGACUGGCUGCUUUUGAGGGCCUUCACCGUGAGGGCAGCAUCUUAAGCGGUGCCUGCGGGAUGGUGCGGCAACUGUUGAGCCCGCCAGGUUCCGCUCUCAGCGACACGGCUCGGCGGGACGUGAGCAGAACCGAUGAACAAGGGCGUGGCGCAGGACGAACAGCGAGGACUGCAGGACAUGUAGCCACCCGCGGCGGGCUAGCGCUUCUCCGCUCCCUUCUGCAUCUUGUUGCAAAUAGUGGCAACGCUCGUGGAGAAACGGAGGAAAGGCCGUUUACGGCUGCAGAUGCACGGAACCUUGCGGAGCAUGCAAAGAGCCAACGAGAUGCGCAUGCUGGAACAACCGCUAAAGCUGGCGUCUUUUCUGAGGUUUUGGGGCAUCUUGCCGCUUAUUCUCAGACGCACGAUGUGCACGCGAAGCGCGACGCGCUGCUUCUUCUGAAACAGCUGGUUGACGUUGCGCCGGCUUCUUGGCUGCUACACUCGUCCGUAGGUAGCAGCUCAGAAGCAGAUGUCUUCCAAGACAAGAGUGCGCCGUCCAGCGGAGCCGCUUCAGCGGCAAGUGCCGUCUCCCCAUCGCGUUCCGACACCCCGUCGUCUUCAUGUUUGCCUUCCGAUCAUCGGCCCUGUGGUGCCGGCGCCCAUUCGAGUCUGUUGUCCAGAUCACCUAGUCCAAUCGAUACGCUGAUCGAGGUCGCUUUGAGUCACUGGCAGCAUCCACAGCGAAGUGUCUCGCAGGUCGCUCGAAGCUUGUGGGAGGCGCUCAGCCAAGUGACCCUCAACCCUUCACCAGGGAAACGGGGAACGCCAGUGUGCGUCUCUCUCAGCCAAGGACAGAGGGGAGACAGCGGCGUCUGCUGUCUGCCGCACCGGCUGGCCCUAGCCGUUCUAGAUUUGUCUGCGGUGCACAGGAAGGCGCAAAAUCUCGCGCUCUUAUCGCUCCUCCCUGCUGUCGGGGUAGAGUGGCUGCUGGACCAGCGUCCGGGUCUGGUAGUGCAGCUGCUCAUGGAGAUUGGAGACUCGUUCCACACCGGCGCAUCCGCUGUCAAGUUCCUUGAAGGCAUCAUGAAACACCUGUGUCAGCAGUCAGCAGCAACUGGCAAGCGACGCGCGCCGGGCGGUGGAGACCCUGGACAGCGCACGCGAAGCGGAGAAGCGGCGGAUCCGCGCGAGUCCAGCAACGCAGCUCCUGCCACUGGCAGUGGAAAGCCCGGGGCCGGAGAAUCCCUCCAGUCUCGUCCUGGCGACACCAGUGGGAAGGCAGUCCAGUGCUCUGGAGAUACAGCCACAGGGGAGUCGGGGGAAGCUGGGCAGCGACCAGCGUUGCCAGGCGGACUGCCGCGGACGCAGGGUCGCCGCCAAGGUCGCAAGGCGUCGAGCGGCGGGACACCGGCGACGGGCGGAAGGAAUGGAGCAGUUCCUGUGCCGGCAGCACUUCGCCAGGUCUUGUACCCCUUGCUCGUCGACGCCUUGUUUAGUCUGCCUUUCGGAUCGACGGAAACCUUGUCGCGCCGAACGGAAGUGAGGGAUGAUCGUGCGCCGUCUUCCGCCGCGUGGCCGUUGCGUGCGUCGUCUCUGAACAGCUUGUCCAUGGUCUCUGCGUCGCUCUCCGUCCCAGCAUCUGCCUCUGACCGUCGCCUCUCUCCCGAGGCAUCACAAAAGGUGGCAGCGACAGUCUUCCCCCUGCUGCAAGCGCUGGAUCCGCAGGGCCUGGCCGCGAUUUUGCAGCUCCUUUACUUGGCCGGUUGUCGAUUCGGACCGGGUGCCUCCGAGACGCUUCGUCCCACGGACGUCCAGGGCGUCGCCUCAAGCUUCGGGACUGAACUGUCAGACGAUCUGGAGCUUCUGCCCUCGACGGAUGCGCCUGACGCGCAGAAGCCUGAGGGGCAAGAGCGCAGCGAACGCUCGAGGCGAAUGCGCCUUCAGGCCAGCGCGGACCAGCUGCCCUGGAGUAUUGGGGAAGCGGUCUUGCUGCAGGUCGCGCGACAGGCGGGCAUGGCAGAGUGGAGCGAGCCGGCGCCGCGGCUGCAACGUGGCGUGCAUCACGAGGCGAGCGGCAUUCGCGGCUUGCGCGGCGGCUCAGACGAAGCUCAGGGGGCGGCUGCAUUUGUCCCCGACACAGGACGCACGGGGAACGCCCGCAAGGUGGGCACCCAAGAGCCGACAGCCCCGCAAGCUGCCAGUUGCUCUUUGGUCGUCUCCGGAGUUGACCUCGAGGGCAACGUUGUUUCUGUGCGCAUCUGCAGAGAACGGCUGCAACAUGGGCUCCAGAGUGGAGACGAUGAGGUGCGCAUGGCGCUCUUAAAGGUUGUGGCGCUCUCACGACUUUCGUCCGUCCCUCCCGCCCGCAUAGAGCUCGAGUUGCUUCUCGACGUACUCGAGCACGGCAGUGGCCGGCAGGCCUCCGGCGCAACGAAAGCCGCGUUUGCGGAAGCAUUCAAGCGCUUUCUGCAGCGCGCUCGCGACGCGUACAGGAAGCAGCUGAUAGAGCGAACGCCUCAGGACCUUCGCCUCCUGCUGCAAGCGCCAGCGUGCGCGCGGGAAGCAUCAGGGAACCGGCCGGCGCAGGCGACCGCUGGCGGGGUGUCUUUGCAGGGAUCCGCGCGCUCUCUCGAUCCCCACGCAAGCAGGGACCGCCAUCCGGAAGGCGACCGGACGCGUGGCGGAUCUGCGACUGUUUCGGAAUCUCCAGAGGAAGUGGGAAGUGCGCACUUGCGCAGGCAACAAGAGGACGACAGCCUUCGCGCGUUCCUCGUUUUCUUGCAGCGGCUUCACCGCAGUGCCCUUCUCCAGUGUCUCCCGUGCAUGCAUCCGGAUCGGCAGAACACUGGCACAACUCUUCUGCUGUUCCUCUACACGCUGUGGGGGUCUCAGCCGCCGAGUGACCUCCGUAAAGGCAGCAGCUGUGCUAACGCGGCUCUCGCAGCGGCCCGAGGUGGCCAGGGACGCUUGGACUCUGGGCAGAAACUCGGCGCAGCCGGCCCUGAGCUGGCGGCGAGUGAAACGUUUGCAGGCGGCUGCGCAGUCGCUGAGGCUCUCGGGUUCUACGCAGCUCCAGUGCAGGCUCAGUUACUCGGAAUGCUCGCGAGUCGGUGGCCGAGACAGAGCGAGGCGGCUCGGAAGAUUUUGAAGCUGUUCCCGCGGAGCCAGCUGGAGUGGGGAGUGCCGUCACUGGUGCCUUCGCCACGGAAGCUUCCCGGAGGCGAAACAAGAGACUCGGCCGUACGGCGGCACUCGGCCGAGCUGGAGCAGAAGCAGCCGCAACUGAAUCGGGCUUCUACAGAGGACGGCUCGGACCGUGGCGCGAACCUCGACGGGCAUGCAUCUCGACACGCGACCUCCGUUCCCUGCCUUCGAAGCUGCUUUGUCGAUGUGCUUGUGCUGAUCCAUAGCAUUCGCGAAAGCGAUUACUCUGCGGGUGCAUCGCAGCUGGAACUCGCACUCUUCUCGGCCUUUGUUGUUCCUCUUAGACACAUAGUCGCUGCCCGCACCCCGUCGCUCGGCACCGCUCCCAGAAGCUCGGGAGCUACGGAAAGAGACUGGAAGCGCCCGCGACAAUCCGAACAGCUCGCCUAUAGCAGUGAAGAUGUGGGCUGUCCACAGCCGGCGGAAAGAAGAGGUUGCAUGUCCCGAGAGGAUCAGAACGAGGCGUCGCUGAGCGCAGACGUCCUAAUCAGCGUCCUCAGUCACGCACUGAUACAGCAAAAUGGGGGAGGCACAGCCCCGUCUCCUUUAGAAGGCGUGGAGGCCCACCAGCUGGAUUUCGGAGGGCCCCAACAACGGGAUCUCAUCGACAGCCGUGAAUCGCUUGUGCAGAAGCUCUUCCGUCUGCUCCAUGUGUUCCUAGCCGCUUCUCAGCAGAGGCUCGAUGCACUGGAACAUCACGCUCGCCUCUCUGCGGAUACACCGGAUGCAUGCAUUCACGGCUUACUGGUCGUCCUCACGAAACUGUUCCGAGAGCUCCCCCCCCUCCAGAGCUUGAUCCAAGCCUCCGCAGACUAUCCCAAGGAUCUCAGGCUCGGCCACGGUCCUACGAACACGAGUGGAUUCCCCCAUGGGAACGACGGCCUCUCCAGUGGCAGCAGUUCGGGCUCUCUCGCAGCAGAAGACAGCGCUGGAGAGUCGGGAUCAGCCAGGCUCACCGACGCACGAGUUUGGGGUGCGUGGCGGAUGGUGGUUACCCGCCUUCUGCGGUUGCUGAUGGAUGCGUGCAGCAGCAUGUUUUGUGUGAUUGCUGAGGGCACAGACAGCGUCAUGCUGAAUGCUGUGUGGCAGCAGUCAGGCCAACAGGAGCCCCACCAGAAGAGGCCGAGCGAGAAACAAACUUUCAACGUCGACUGCAGAGGCCAUCCGCUUCUUGUGCGGCGGCCAGCAGAGGACGGAGGACACAUGGAAAUGCCGGAUGGGGAGGCGGAAGACGAAGAAGAGACAGCAGAGACGCUGCUAGCCGUCCGGGGAUGGGUCACGGUCAAGGCGGCGGCAUCCUGUCUCUCUGCGCUUCUCGACUGGGUACCUUUUGAAGCAGCAGAGGAACCACCGGGGGACGAGCUGCGUAGUGACCGAGGGCAACAUACAGAGACAGAGGAUGCUACAGCGGCGAACAGCCAGAAGGCUGCACAAACCGAGUUGUGCCCGGAUGGCCUUCACCCUGGAAAGACGGCUGUCGUAUCCAGGGGGACUUCCCAGGCUGCUCAACGAGGUGCUCUCCAGACUUCCCGGACAGCAAAUGCGAUUGUGACUGUUGCCGAGAUGAACGCCAUCGGGCGUCGGUUGCUUCACUUCCUACUUUGCUGUCGUCACCUUGGCGCCAUGAACAGUCUGUUCGACUCUUUAGCUGGUCUCAGUCGAAGGCUUCUGUGUUCAGCUCACAAGGACAUGCAAGCUCUGCCUCGCACGUGGGUCCACAGCCUGCUGCUUCUCCUGCUUCCUCCAUCCCUCGCCGGACCUCAGAAUGAGGCCUUCAAAUCCGCAUCACCAGCCGGGACGUCAGCGGAGAUUCGAGGCGGCUCCACAGACUUGGUGGCGUCUGUGCCGAUUGCUUCGGAGGGCGACGUGUGCGCUGCCUCCCUGCCGCCUCCGUUGAGGAAGAGUGCGAGUCUCGGCCUGGCGUUUGUAGCAGUUUUGGCAGGUGAGGCUGCGAGCGCAGACAGCACACUCCGAGGCGGGGACAGAUGCCCGCUUCUGCAGCAUGCGAUGUCGAUCCUUCUCCCGCUUGCGGAGGGGCGCUUUGACAGCUUCUUUCCGUCCAUCGAAGAAGCGUAUGCACAUCGUGCUCAUUGCCUCAACGUGGUUCGGGCUGUGAUCCGGAGCGGCGCCCUUUCCUGCUCGAUCGCAUGCGUUUCCCUGCUUCCCCCUGAAGAAGCAAUAGCUGCCCUAGAAGCCAAUCAAAGGACUGAGAUCCCACCUUUCGAUAGGAAUCAAUUAGCAGCUGGUGGGGCGUCCACGGAUAGCGGCGACGCUGCAGCCGACGAAGCGAGAGGGAGACACGUCGACGAAAAGGAGAUGGCGAAUCGAAACGCGGGAAUCAAGGGCAACGGAACUCUCGUCGGAAAUGGUGCUCCGUUGCCAGCGCUGGCUUUGGCAGCGGCGGUGCGGAGCAGUAACUCGACCUCGUACUUCCCCCUGCGCAACGCCGCAACAUUGCUUCUCGUCGCCUCUGUGAAGCGCCUGGCCGGCAAAGAUAACGAUUCUCUCCACGUGCCGACCUUUCCUCUGUACUCCUUCUGCUCUGGAGCCCAGCAGCGAUCCUCUCUGAAUCCGUCCCUGGCGGAAGCUCAGAUCGACUUGCCUUUCCUGCAGUCGGCAGGCGUCCUUCCCAUCCUGUUGCGGACGCUCCAGGGCGCCGUCAACCCCAGGCAUCCUUGGACGUACUUUGUGGAUGUCGAGGGUGAACACUGUCGUGCCCAGGGGGAAGGAAGCGCACGGACGAAGGGCAGCGGCUCCAAUAGCCCGCUGGCCUCUGCAGCUCCUUCGACUGCGACGCGUGGUGCCAUCCAAGGGCCGGGAGAACAGACUACGGGGGAGGAAGUCAAUGGCAAAACUCCAGGCCAGAAAAGGAUCCAGACUUCUGACCGAGACCUUGAUGAAGCGCAUGAGAGCCGGGCGCAAGAGGGCGAUGAGGAUCAAGGCGCCCUAGUUGCAGUCCUCUUGCUUGUCUCUCGACUGGAUUUCGCAUCUGCUGUUAGCGAGGGCCCGCGUCUCGCGUCCCUGCUCUCGUCUGAGGCUCCGUGCACCUCAGUCGAUGACAGCAACGAAACUGACGGCCCUGUCUACGGACGUGGCGCCCAAGCUUCGUCCUCGGCCGGCCUGCCUUCGUCUCCCAUGUGGCUGUUGCGACUCUUAACGGCUCUGCGAACCCAUCUAACCGGCGCACAUUUCCACACGCGACUGCUCGCGGCGCGGGCUCUCGCGAACUACGCCAUGCAAGAGGCGCGCCUCCAGGGGCCACAGGCUCUGCUGCUAGGUCUCCAGGCUGCUGCCCUCAGUGCAGCCCACAGCCACGCAACCAGUAACACGACCUGCGGGUUGCUGCUUCUGUCGCUUGAGCUCCUUCAGCGGCCAGAAGUCGCUGCCUGGCUCGAGCAGACUGCGCGAAACCCUGUUGGCGUGCACGCGGCCGUCCACAGACACGAAAACGAAGCUGGCCGAGAGGCCUUAGCGGCCGCCGCCAGUGGGGGCGGGGUGUCCCGCAAAGUCGGCGACGACGCACCUCGAGCCGCGCGCUCGAUUGACGCUUCCGCCUUUGCCUCUGACUUUCUGCGUUGCAUGCAACGCAUCUGUUCGCAUGCCCCAGCUCCUCUGAACCGCUUGCUCGGCCUCCAAGCUGUUCAGGCCCUGGCCAUCCACCUGGCAACAGUCGCCGAGGCUUCAUCUGAGGCGGCAGGUGGAUCGGGAGCUUCGCGUAGAAGAGCGUGUGACGGCUCCACUGGCAGCGACGGCUUGGAAGCGGAAGCUGCGGGGUCUCUGUCUGGGUACGGCGCAGUUCGCGGCUGCACGGACGCACCGACAAGAAUGGGCGACGCACUCGAGGCAGCCGGAAGUGUCGUCGCGUGCGCGUGCCGCUAUCUGCCGCCGUGCUUCGCUCGGGCUUACAGCCGCUGCGGCGUCCCAUCUUUCAACGGCGUAUCUCUGGAGCGCCUUCUCAUGGGUCGCGGGUCGAUCACAGAGAUUCGCCUGGAAAAAACCCAGCCGUCUUGCGAUGGGUCACGGCACUGUCUGUUGUGUCGCCUGGGCGGCGUAGACGCUUCACGCGCAAGGGCAGCGUCCAGUAACUCUUUGCGUGCUGGAGCCUCAUGGCGAACUGCCUUGGCUGUUCCCCUGCAAACCGUGGCUGUGUGCGGCUUGGUGGACGCGGCGAUGUUGACCCCCGGCCCCGCUGCGGCAGGGGUGCGACUCGCGGCUGGUGCAGUGCUUCUUCACCUCGUUCAGGGCCUCGAGCUGCAUGCACAGGUGAUAGAACAAGCUCUUCGAUGUUGUCGCAAGCGUCUGAAGAAAGGAAGGAUGUGCGCGUCACCGCUCGCUGUCGGUGCAAAGGGUGCUUUCGCAUGCGCGGCAUCUGACCUUCGGUUGGGGCUUCAGCUCCUGUGGCAAGCCGUCGGCGGCGCGUUUUGCACCACGGGGAGGCGUGCGCAGUCCGACAGGGAACCCUGUGGAGACCUUGAGGGUGCGUUCGGCAGCAGUUCUGGAAGCGACGCCAACAGCGGGGUCAAGCAGGACAGUGCACAGGCGAGCACGCGAGAUCCAGAAGAUCCGACGUGUAUGUUCAGUCGGAGCAGAAUUCAGAGCGGCUUCUCUUCUGCUCUGCGGGCCGAGGCUCUGAGGUUACUGGCCCUUCUUGCUCAAAUGCUGAUCGCUGCGAACAAGCACGAGAACGUCAAAGAGGCAAACCACGUGGGUCAAUGUGUGAGCGAGGGGGGACCUUUGGCAGGCCUGUGGCCUCUACCUGAGGACGUUGCCAAAGAGGCAGUGAAACUCGUCCGCACCUACCCCCACAGUGCGCCCGUGCGCAAGGGCUUUCUCCUUUUUGGAGCUGCAGUGCUGAGCUCGAACAGUCGCCGACGCGCGGAGGACGCGAGAGGAAGCGACAGAAGUGGUGUUCAGACGAGACAGGAGUUUCGUGAGCUGACCAAUGCCUGGACAGCUUGCCUGGUGGCAUGCAGUUGCCCUGAAGCAGAAGUGACUCUCAGACGAGCAGCGGUUCAGGCCCUCGGCAUCGUCGGGCUUCCCGUUCCCGCCUGGCAAGCGACGUCCGAAGCUUCGUUUCCCGACUGUUGCCUCUCUGACGGUCGAGCGCCGUUGUCUCAGUCUGAAAGGAGCAGCCACCAACAGUCGCACGGCGGCGUGGGAGCGUCUGACCCAAGCGGCGCGACUCGCUUCGAGGAAGCCUUGCAGAUCUGGGACGCCAUGAUGACGCUUCUGCAGGUCGGUGCGUCUCCGCGGUCGCGCGGCGGCCAGCCCGCGUGCUCCUGGGAAAUUAGCUCUGGUUGCGGCAGCUGCAAACGUCGCGGACUUCAGCUGGCUUGGGACGUCGGAGGCGACGAGGAUGGCGAACCAGUUGUUCGGGCCGAAGCAAUUGAAGCGUGCACCGAGGCAUGCAGCAGUUUGGCAGACUCUCUUGUCGCGCGUGCGCGAGCUGGAGAAAACGCAGGGAGAAGUGGAUCCGGUCUCGGCGAUCUCCGAGCACAUCUGGUGGUCUCAGCGCUCCGGUCGGCAGUCUGCAGUCAAAUGCCACCACGCGGUGUGGACAGCUCAGUCCUCCUGCAACUUCUGCUCGAUGUGAUGGUUAAGCUUUUCCCCCUUAACGUAGUUGCCAACAAGCUCUGGAGGUCCAUCUGUGAGGCUGCACCAUCCAUUCGCGAGUUUUGCGCAGACCAGCUGUCCAUUCACUUGAGCGCUCGGGGAAGCACUUGCGCCGCCAGGGGCCUCCAACAGGGACAGCAAGACCGACGCGCCAGGGCUCGGCCUCUGUUCGAUGAGGAGCCUGCAAACCUUUACACCGAGGAAGUCCUCAUUGGGCAGUCGGCGGCCAGAAAUCUCCUGAUGCUCUUCGCGGAUCGCGCGCUGUCGUCUCCCUGCAACCCUCUAUCCACAAGCUGCUGUUCCCCAUCUGGAGGGGAUUCUGAUGUUGCAGUGGCGGUGGCCCUCAGCGCGUCUCGAGCGGCGGAAGGGAAGGGAAGUGUACCCUUCUUGCUCGAGUGCCGUGCAAGCUCCAACUCAACUCCGGGGUCUGUCAAUCAGAAGGCCGAUGCCUACGCAAUGCGUCAGCAGCCUCCCGAGGCGGAGAAGCAAGCAUAUUCCGUCACCGAGUAUCAAACAGUCAUGGGCUUUGCAUUUCUUGCGAAUGAAGUUACGAAGGUGGCCGGCGAGGUCGAGGACGUGUGCAUCUGCUUGGAUGAGGUGACGGUCCAGCGACUUGUGUGGGGAGACGCCUGCUUCGCGUUGGGCGCCGGAUCAUCGGCGAACCCAGAGUGUAGCAUGCGGGAGCGGCAAACUGGAGACGAAAGAUCAAAUGGCCUGCUUCGAAUGAGGGAGUAUCAAGUGAACCAAGAGGCACAACUGCCGCAUUCAUUCAGACACCAGGCAGACUGUGCCGCGGAUAACGCAGCUGGCGGGCGCCGGUGUGCGCAGGCUGUUGUCGAUGCAAGCGGCGAAUCGGAUCCAGUCUGCCUUGGGAAUCCGCACUGUACCCAGCAGACCUUGUUUCAGCCGGUGUACGGCGCUCUCUUGAAGGCGAGCCUCCUAUUGAUUCUUCUGCCUGCCGCAGUUGCAGUGAGUCCCGAAGCGUUAGGGAACGCCUCCGUCGAAGGCGGUCCAGGAGGAAUGGGCGAGGCAAAGGCGCGGUGCACAACUUCGCAAGGGCCGUCUGACAGCGCCGGUGCUCCAGCUCCGAACCAGCCUUGCUUGAGGACAAAACUCGAAGUCCUCUGUCGGUGGAUUCGGCGUCUAGACGCGAAACUGAAGACGACCGAAACAGGCAGCCCGGCGCACUGGGUGUUGGUGGCGCUCUCCCAUCGGCUUCUCGCAUUAGUCGAUGCGGUACAGUCAGCUCUCGCAAAAGGCAGCGCUGCCAAAUGUGUGGGAAACCCGCAAAGCUCUCGUGACGGCCUCGCCACAGGUGGGAGGAACGUAUCGGCCCCGCAGUGUUCACAGCGCGAAUCGCCAGUCGGCCACGAAACGGGAGAACGUUACGUCGAGGCCCCGGAGCUGCCAGGGACAGGGGUCCGGGACGCGUUAACUCUCGACCGUGGAGGUACACGAGUGAACGCAAAGAGACCAAAUGCCAUCGAGGCGGCGAGCAGUUUGGUAGAAACGCUCUUGUUUUUGCUGCCGGGUUUGAAACGGGACGGCGCAGAACUACGCUGUGGCGCAGUCUGA